CUUGUUGGGUGGCUAGCUUGUGGCUGCAGUGGACCCCGACAGCAGUACCCCCUUCCGUUCAUGUGCUCAUGGACCGCGCUCGGUCCCGCGCCAAUCCGUCGACGCUGUUCCAGCAUCGAGAUGUGCUGAUUGGGUUCCGCAGCACGUACGUCCCCAAGCCCGAAGGAGACGCUGGCCCACAAUCGUAUGCUGUUCGGUGUUCGUUCCAUCCACCGUCCACACCGCCUUCCAUUGAAGUGCGGCGGUCCUUACAAAAACGGUACGGUCGCGACUUUUGCAGAGCGCAACGGAAGCCUGCGCGACUGCCCCGAUCUCCACCCCAUCCGGUUGCAUCGCCUCCAAGACCCGCAGCAGCGACAGGUCUCACAACGCCCGGCCCUCCAUCACGACGCCACGUUCGAUCGCAUUCCCUGACCAUGCUAACGUUGGGAAAACACCCACCACAACCAAAUGACACAACCACACGCCACGACCAUCCAACCCCCGGCAAACACAUGCGAUCGCGCUCGUUCAGCAUUUCCGAGUUGACCGUGUCUCACUUGCUGGACCCGCCGCCGCCGUCGCCGCCCAAGACAUCCGCGAAUCCUCGCAUCAACUUGAAAUGGAGAACGUUUGGCGAACAUCUCUGGCACGAGAAAUCCAAGAUGCUCCUGAAUGCGCUGAUUUUGACCCCGCCACGCCAUUUGUACAUUGAGCGAAAAAACGAAGUGCAGAAUCCCCUGUUUCAUGACGACGGACCGUGCCACUCGGGGGUUCCAACGCGAUGCUCGAUCGACGACGGCACCAACUUGGAUUCGUUCAUCGCUGGCUACUUUCGCAACAUGUCGACGGCCAAGCCCGAACGACGAGAGUCCCGUCGCCGGUCGUCCACGAUCAAGCGGACAUCCGUGCGGGAAACCACCGAGGCGAAAUGGUCAAGGUGGCGACGCUAUCCUGAAAACAAACGACCCGAGUGGACCUCCUUGGCAUCGCCCAUCCAUUCGAUGCCAACGUCCAUGCGCAGAAGCGGAGGCGUGCCGUACACCGACUUCUUGGCCCACGGAAACAGCUACCGCCAACGUGCUGGGCUCAAGGCGCUUGUGCGACAGAGCUAGCGGCGGUAUCAUACGACGACGGACGAAAGCGUGCCAUCCCCUCAUCCACUAUAUUUACUCAACCACAUCGACCCAAUCUUGACACUUAACAUGACAAAUCUACUCGACAACCGUCCCCACUAAGGCCGCCCCGCGGUGACACACACAGGGUUGUGUCCGAUGAACUCUCUGGCACAUCCCGAUGAAGGAUAUGAUUUGUUGAAGACUUCUCGAAGAAGAGAUGGGAUGCUGUCGACAUUGACCAUGAGAUUUCAUGAGAGAGAAGUGGCAUGUGGCUAUAGCCCAAAGUACGGACAAAAUCUUUGAGGCAUAGGAAGGUUAUGGCACGUGGCUGAGGCGUAGAAUGGCCUUGCGGAUGCGAGCACGAUGUGCAAAUUUGUUGACGCCGAUUUCUGUGAGCGCGCGAUCAACGUCUUCUUCGUCGAGUAGCGCCAGAUCUUUGAUCGAAUGGAAGCCCUGGGUCUCAAAGUUUGUCGCGUAGCUCAGGUACUCCAUGCUCUUGUUGCCGUCGAUUUCUGCGAGCCACUUGCGCAACCGGCCGCCUUCUAAAGACGACGCGGUCGUUGCCUCGGUCUGGUUGUUCGAUCCGUCCAGAUUCAGGAGCUCAUCCACUGACAUCUUUCGGAUAUCAGAUGCCUUCAACACCGUUGUGCAUUCUGGGAUAUCGUCGACGGGGUUGUUCGCGCUGUCCUCGUCGUCAAUGCCGUCCUGAUUGUUUGGUGCAAGGUCCUUUGUCUUCUUCUUUCCCCCUUGCUUGUGUCGCUUUAAAUCAUCGUCGACUUCCAUGCGACGAUGCUUCUCAUACUCUGCCUUUUGGAUACGUCGACGCAGCUCUAACGUUGCAUUUUCAACUUCGGCGUCGCGGAUAUUUACGCGGGAAUCGUCGUGGUACAAAUUGCUCAACAGCGAGCGCUUCUGAUCUUGGUCGAAUUGCAUUCGCCGAGCGCGACUGAAGCAGUUCCCAAAUGCGCCAACAAUGCAUGCGGGCGUCGCUGCAACUGCCCCUGGAACAGCAUUGAUUCCGCUCCAAACUGCCUCACGGGAUGGAAUGGAGUUGAUCAAUUUGUCUUGGAUCACUUCGCGGCUCGGGAGUCGACUCCACACCGUCUCCUCUUUCGGUAUGCCAGAGGCAGGGAUACUCGUCCACAUCGUUUCGUCCAUGAGGCUUGUUGUGUUGGAUGGCGAAUGCACGACUGUCAAUACUGGACGCGAUGCCCGUUGGCGCGAGGACUUGCAAA